CACAGACACACUGGUGUAUAUAUUUGGGAAAGGAGUUUCUUCACUGAAAAUAACGAAUUUAAACAUUAAUAUUUCCAGACAGGAGCUUCACAAACCAGAGAUCAGCUCCAUUAUAAUCACAGCUCUGUUUCCUCCGCAGUGAAUUUAACCACACAACAAAGAUGCUGAUUAAAGUGAAGACACUCACUGGAAAGGAGAUAGAGAUUGAUAUAGAGCCCACAGAUAAGGUGGAGAGGAUUAAAGAAAGGGUGGAGGAGAAGGAAGGGAUCCCUCCGCAGCAGCAGAGAUUGAUCUACAGUGGAAAACAGAUGAACGAUGAGAAAACAGCAGCAGACUACAAAAUCCAGGGAGGCUCUGUUCUCCAUCUGGUUCUAGCUCUGCGAGGAGGACAGACGCUCUACUCUCUGCCUGCGUUGUAGCCAUCCUUUAAAAAAAACAAAACAAAACAACAACAAGAGAAAAAAAACAAAAAACACGCCUUAGCUUUUUUUGAUGCCUACAUAACGCGGAUAAACUGAAGAAGAAGAAGACACACGGCCACCGGGUAGCAGAGUCACCCGGUGGCGAUGUAGGCAACCCAGAGCCAUGUGGAGAAAGAGUUAGACGAGGUUCUACAUGUGGCAGCCAAGUCCUUACAGCCAAAAUGUGAUGGCUGCAAACACCCCCCAUCCUCCUCUUCCUCCUCCUCCUCCUCUACUCCACUCUAAUGUUGCCAUGGCGAGACACUGCACAUGAUUUAAAAAAAAAAGUUACUUAAAUUGAAGAAAGCUUUACCUACAGAUUCACAAUCCAAAGCUAAGCCCCCUUCAUACAUCUCUAAGGCAGGCGAGGCUGAGUUCCCCAAACGUUAUCUUUGUUCCCUUGACUCACAGUGAGGAGGACACAUCUGUAGCAGAGACAUACUUUUGGGAAAUCCAUCCUUAGAUCCUUCAGAGUUGGACACAAAUAAAGAUUUUGUUAGUUUUUUGUCAUUUUGUCAUUUUAUUCUACUUACUACAAAUUGCCCCCAACUCCCUUCACCACUCCAGUAUGAUUAUUUUAAGGCUACUGGGUGUAUCAGUGUACCCCCCAUGUAGCUCAAAUACAUCUGUAAAGGAUGGAUAGCGGCUCAUUCAAGGGAACAUAAGAAAAAAACGUACUUAUUUUAAAUCAUGUACCCCAUCUUUACUCCUGCUUCAUAAUUAGACUGAACAUGUCCAAUUAGGUGGAUAAUGUUUUAUAUGAUUUUUACUGUCACAAGGAGACAGUGUCAGACAGAGCGGACCUGUCUGAAAACAGCUUCAGUUUACAUGGAUAUCGUUUAAGUUUGUUUGGAUGUUCAGAGAAGCAACUUUAACUUUUGGGAUUGCGGUGUGUCCAGCAGCACCCAUGUCCACCCCCCCCCCCCCCCCUCUUCAGUGUGUACAGAAUUGUGUGAAAUUGACCUUUUCUGUGGAUCAUUUGUCAGUAGA